AUGGGUUAUAUCCGGGACCAGCUUUGCAUGUCCACAGAGGAGAUACAGUGUUUAUCAAAGUUGUCAAUCAUGGAGGCGUCAAUAUCACCAUUCACUGGAAAUUGGUACCAUGGGGACGUGAAUGAGAUAAUUGAACAAGCCCUGUUGAAUGGAGGAGAACCAAACCUCUCAAUUGCUCACACCAUAAAUGGUCAACCAGGAGAUCUCUAUCCAAACUCCAAAGCAGGGACUUUUAAGGUACUGGUGCAGAAAGGGAAAACGUAUCUUCUUCGGAUCAUCAAUUCAGGGAUGAAUGAGGAAGCAUUCGUAGCCAUAGCGAACCAUACACUGACAGUGGUUGGAACAGAUGGAGGUUACAUUAAGCCCAUAACAACAGAUUAUAUAAUGAUAACCCCAGGCCAAACCAUGGAUUGCCUCUUGACAGCUGAUCAAAGCCAUGGUCAAUAUUACUUGGCCAGUAGAGCUUAUUCCGCUGGAACUCUUGUUCACUUUGAUAACACCACAUCCACAGCAAUCAUACAAUAUUCCGAUGACACCGAAACCGAAACCGAUCAGUCCGCUACUACUACUACUACAUCAACUCCCUUUUUCCCAUACCUGCCUGGCUAUACGGACACUAAUGCAGCAACUAACUACGCCAGUCAGCUUAGAAGCUUAGCCAGUGCAGAGCACCCAGUUGAUGUCCCUCAAACUUUCGAUUCCAGAAUAUACACAAUUAUCGCUGUCAACACAUUGCCUUGUGGGGCCAAUAACACCUGUACCGGACCUAAUGGGGACCGAUUCUCUGCGAGCAUGAGCAACAAUAGUUUUAGACUCCCAUCCAUUGCCAUACUUGAUGCAUAUUAUGAGCAGAUCAAAGGGGUAUAUGAAACAGAUUUUCCAGUUGAACCGGCUAACUAUUAUAACUUCACAGCAGACCAGUUUGCAUCUAAUCUUUUAACCCCGGCGGUGGAUACCAAGGUGAUAGUGGUAGAUUUCAACUCAACAGUGGAGCUUGUGAUCCAAGGGACAAACAUUCUUUCAGGGGAGAACCAUCCAAUGCACGUUCAUGGUCAUAGCUUUUAUUGGGUUGGAUGGGGUUUUGGAAACUUUAACGAGACCACAGAUCCCCUAAACUAUAACUUGGUUGAUCCCCCUGAAAUCAAUACAGUUGGAGUCCCUAAGAAUGGAUGGGCCGCCAUCAGAUUCCGGGCAAACAACCCUGGUAAUAAUUAA